CCGCCGCGCCGCUCCGGGGACGCCCGGGGCUGCCGCCGGCUCGGGGCCGCGGACGACCGCGGGACGCGCGAGUCCCCCGUCCCCCCUUGCCCGCCGUCCCCCCCCGCCACCCUUGCCCGAGAGGAGUCAAAUCCGGCUUUUAGAGCUCGGGGAGGGUGGGGAUAUCCGGUGCCUCUCCCGCGCCAGGAGGAAGGGGGAGGGCGGAGAGGAUCCUUGGCCAGUCUGCGCCGAGCAGAUUCAAACCAAAACAAAAAGAUUAAAGGAGCAGCGGCCGGGGCGGCAGCGGUCCCCAGGCCGGGACACCCGGGGUGGUGCGCCCGGGUUUGCGGGGGCUGCGCCGGCGCCGGGGAGGCGGGGGGAGCGGGAGCGGGAGCUGGAGCGGGCGACGCGGGGAAGGGGGGAGCCAGGGGGAGGGCGCCGGCCGGAGGAGGGGCGGACCCGCCCGCCCUAGCCGAGCAGAACACAGCCGAGCCGAGCAGCCCGGGCGGGGCCCGACCCCGGCCAGCGUCGGCGCAGAGAGCAGGCGGAGGCGCGGGCCAUGCUGCGACUGGUGCCCGCCGGGGCCCGGGCCAUCGUGGACAUGUCGUACGCCCGCCACUUCCUGGACUUCCAGGGCUCCGCCAUUCCCCAAGCCAUGCAGAAGCUGGUGGUGACCCGGCUGAGCCCCAACUUCCGCGAGGCCGUCACCCUGAGCCGGGAUUGCCCGGUGCCGCUCCCCGGGGACGGAGACCUCCUCGUCCGGAACCGAUUUGUUGGUGUUAACGCAUCUGACAUCAACUAUUCAGCAGGCCGCUAUGACCCCUCAGUUAAGCCUCCCUUUGACAUAGGUUUCGAAGGCAUUGGAGAGGUGGUGGCCCUAGGCCUCUCUGCUAGUGCCAGAUACACAGUUGGCCAAGCUGUGGCUUACAUGGCACCUGGUUCUUUUGCUGAGUACACAGUUGUGCCUGCCAACAUUGCAACUCCAGUGCCCUCAGUGAAACCCGAGUAUCUUACCCUGCUGGUAAGUGGCACCACCGCAUACAUCAGCCUGAAAGAGCUCGGAGGACUGUCGGAAGGGAAAAAAGUUUUGGUGACAGCAGCAGCUGGGGGAACGGGCCAGUUUGCCGUGCAGCUUUCAAAGAAGGCAAAGUGCCAUGUAAUUGGAACCUGCUCUUCUGAUGAAAAGUCUGCUUUUCUGAAAUCUCUUGGCUGUGAUCGUCCUAUCAACUAUAAAACUGAACCCGUAGGUACCGUCCUUAAGCAGGAGUACCCUGAAGGCGUGGAUGUGGUCUAUGAAUCUGUUGGGGGAGCCAUGUUUGACUUGGCUGUAGACGCCCUGGCUACGAAAGGGCGCUUGAUAGUAAUAGGGUUUAUCUCUGGCUACCAAACUCCUACUGGCCUUUCGCCUGUGAAAGCAGGAACAUUGCCAGCCAAACUGCUCAAGAAAUCUGCCAGUGUACAGGGCUUCUUCCUGAACCAUUACCUUUCUAAGUAUCAAGCAGCCAUGAGCCACUUGCUCCAGAUGUGUGUGAGUGGAGACCUGGUUUGUGAGGUGGACCUUGGAGAUCUGUCUCCAGAGGGCAGGUUUACUGGCCUGGAGUCCAUAUUCCAUGCUGUCAAUUAUAUGUACAUGGGAAAAAACACUGGAAAAAUUGUAGUUGAGUUACCUCACUCUGUCAACAGUAAGCUGUAAAAACAGAACAAUGACAUAAAUCAAGGGAGAAAGAAAAUGGGCACUUUAUGUCUCAGAAUUACUCAAAUCAAUUUACUUUUAGUUGGUAAUGGAUAUAAUAUUUCUUAAAACAAAAGUAAGGUGUUAAUGAAUAGGUCUCUCCUUCUCCUCCUCCUCCUCCUCCUCCUCCUCCUCUUCCCUUGGGGGAAAAAAAAAUGUGCUAAUAAAACUUCCCUCCAUGGCUAAGAGGGAAAACGCGUACAUUCAAUUCUUUAGUCAUGGAUGGUCUCGUUCCAGAUUUUAUUGUUCCAGGGAACUAAAUUCAUUCCUGAUGCCAGAUCUGAUCGAGUCAGUAUGUCUUCAGCUUGAUCAGAUUUUAAAAUCAGUUUUGAAAGUGGUUCCCGACUUCUUCUUUGCUUUGAGAGAAUUUGGUCUUAUGCUAAUAAGCAGUUCAUGAGUGACAAGUGUAGCAAAACCCAGCCAUAUAUUUUCAGAAUCUAUCCUCAGGAAAUGGUCCUUUUUUUUCUAUAAAUCACUAACCAACUGUCUAAGUGGACAUUUGGAGGAAUUCCCUCCCAAAUUUGAUUUUGUUAUUAGAAAAAUGAUUCCGUGAACACAGAUGUGUUUUGAAGAAGUAGCACGUAAUGGCUUUUAUCUACCAUCAGCCUGAUAAGGCACAUGUGAAAUGGAAAUGUUCUCUUUCCUCUGAAGCAGCAAAUUAAUGUUGAAAACUUACAUAGACAGAAAGUAGGUUUUGGAAAAGGAAACCACAGAGAUUAGGGAGACCUAAAAUUAAUAUAGACGCAGGAAAGAAAAAAGUAUGCGCUCCGUUCUCAGUGGGGGUUCGCCACAAAACCCGGGCCCCAGGAGGGAAACGCUGUCUAGGCACACCGCAAGGCCUUAGUAACAGCGUGCUGCACUGCUCACGGUACGGUAUGUCCCAUCGCCCUGUGCACCGUAGGGACCGCGUCAUCUCAAGGAAGAAUACAUUUGCUUCUCCUUAGAGGCUUUCAAACUAGAAGCUAUGUGUUACCUCUGAUUCUGGAAACAGAAUAGCAGCCACUCAUUCUGCAUUCCCAUUUUUCUCUCCACGUGUUCUGGGGGAACGAGAAGCUCCUUGGCACUAUAGCCUGAUGUCCCACAUUCACCCACUGACCACACAGGAUAAGCAGCGAAACCUGCACCCUCUCUUCUGAAUCACGCCUGUAGCUCAUCGGCUUCCCUCUUAACCUUUAGUGCCCUGAAGACUGCUGCCGCUAUCACCGUUGUGCUGAAACCCCAUGGGGCCCUUCUAAUUGAAGGUGAAGCCCACCAGGUUAUUUUUCAAAGUCUUAGGUUUCGGUGUAUCUAACCUGCUCAAUAAAUAUGGACGCAAUUAAAGAUGCUCUAGGAAAUUUGGGGACUGUAUUUAAUUUUUCUUUCCUUCCAUCUGAGGAGCAAGGAAAUCCUGCUGCCGAAUAGCUGUUAGUAUCUAUUUUACAAGAUUUACUCAUUUUCAGGUACCUAAUGUAGCUGCUAGCAUGCAUGCACAACAAUACAAUUUAUAUGGUAAAUGGAACCAAAUAAUGGCUUCGCUGAAUGUUAUGGCUGCACUGAAGGGAAAUGUCACGGUAAAUAGCUGCCAAAUUAUGGAUCAUGCCGAAGUGUCACAACUGCACUAAAGACAAAUAGCACCAGAGGCUAUUGCCACUGUGACGCUUUUGAGUUAUGAAGAAGGGUAGCGGCCUGAUGCGAGGCUCUUUGUGUCCUCAUUAUAGCAAAGGGUUACUGGUGCAGGGGACUAGGAAAACCCGUCCAGUGUGGUGCUUAGUUAUUCAUCCGUCCCUUUCAGACCUAACGGCCACAGCCACACGCAAAGAGACUUUGCCUCGCUUUUACAUUCACAAACAAACAAAGGAGGGGGGAGCAGGUUUUAUGAAUGUAACUGUGCACAGGAAAUGACUGGUAAUGGAAAAAUGUUAUAAUAAAAUAAUCUAAUCAAAGAAUAUUAUUAAAUUUAAUGUAGUCUGUGUCCAAAAGGCUUAGUUGCUUCUUAUGCAGAUAGAUGUGUGAAAUCUAAGCAAUAAUGUACUUUCUCCCUUUGUAAAGACUUGGGGAGUAAGGACAUUACCAACUAAAUUGCUUCUUCGAAACUGAAGUGAGUCCCGCUUUCUUUCAUUUUAAUGGGAGGGUAAUAAAGAUGAAAGACCAACAUUUUAACUGAUGGAUCCCUUAAGCUACAGAAUAGAAAUUUAUUAUGUUUUGAGGGAAUAUACUAAAUGCAGCUAUGUAAAAAUAAAAUUCAAACACCCAGGAUUAAAAUAAAAUACAAUCUGAAAA